GGGGCGGAUAAGGGGCUGGAAGGAAGGAAGGAAGGAAGGAACGAAGGAACGAAGGAACGAAGGAACGAAGGAAGCCGAGGAGCGCGAUCCCUCGAGGGCUGGGGACAGCGAGUGGGAGCAGUGAAGCUGCGUGAGCAAAGAACAUCAGAGGAUGCUUGCAUAGAUGUUUCUGUCAUUGCAAUAGAAUGCCACCAGUAAGAGACCUGCAGCACUGGCAAGGGAGGAGCCAGUUCCCAUGGCGCUGCUUGACCUAUUAAAGCUGCUGAGAGGAGCUGAUACAUCAGUGAACACCCACAGAACGACCAUCCCUCUGUUACCAGGUGCCUUCCUGAAGAGUGCAGCAUGACAGAGCUCCACGAAGCUGUGGCUGUGGGCGACUAUGACUGGGUGAAAGAGAUUUUGAAGGCAGGGCGCUGUGACCCAAACCAGAAGGAUGUUGACUGGCAUGACAGGACGCCCCUGCACUGGGCUGCUGCCAAAGGACGGUCGGACCUGGUCAGGCUCCUGGUGGAUCACGGUGCCCGGCACUGCCUGCGGAGCGAUGUGGGCUGGACCGCGGCUCACUUCGCUGCCGAGGCGGGGAAGCUGCGGGUGCUCCGCGCCCUCCACUCCCUGCACGCUGCUAUGGAUGCCGCCGACCUCUUCGGAGACACUCCCCGGCGGUUCGCGGAGAUCUACGGACACCGGGAGUGCUCCAAAUUCCUGGAAAAAGCAGAGGUGGAGUGCAGGAACUACCGCAGGAAAGCUGAACUGAGAAAAAUCCCCUUAGACCAGAGAGAUGAAGACUGGGAACUCAAGAAAGAAGAGCUUAAGAAAAAUCCACCAUGUUUUUGGGAGAAGUGUACAGACUCUAUUCUAAAGAAAAAUGUGAAAAAAAAGGGGAAGCAGUAGUGUGCCCUGCCUGUUUGAUGCCUCUAGUGCUUGUAAUGCAGAACAAAGGCACUGGCAAACUUCAGGUGGAUCUGCAGUGUGAUAUUUGGGUGAAUGGAAGAAGAAGAAGGCUACAAGAGUGCAUCCUUAGAGAUAAACUGUAAACAAUCUCCUUAAGAGCUAAAAGUGCUUCAGCCUCUCUGUGUAUUUCUAUGUAUCUGAUCUCAAAAAUAAAAACAACUGAAGAAUAUGUUUAAACAUA